UUAAUUUUAUGUAUGUAUAUAUAUAUAUAUAAGGUACGCAAUUUCAACGAAGAUAAUUAAAGGUGACCGAUCAACUGGGUUGUCUCCUUGCUUUACCAGCAAUUUCAACGAGGAGUAAAGGCCAUCAACUGGGUUGUCUGAUCUCUCCUUUGCUCAGUUUCCAAACCAGACGAAUAUCGAACAGUACGUACUAGUAGUAAUCGAUCGAUCGAGUUCGAGUUCACAAUGCCUUGUCUUCGCUCCAUUCUUCAAUUCUUCGCCCUUCAAUUCCUCUCCCUGGGCGGCUCCAAGAAAAACCCCGAUCAAGCGAUCACGAUCAGGUACGAUGCUAAACAUAAACCUAAACUCAAGCACAUCUUUGAAACCAGCCUGGUCGUGGACCAGUCCGGCCACGGAAAUUUCACCGCCGUUCAGGCCGCCAUUGAUUCCGUCAAGCCAAACAACCAUGCAUGGGCUCGCAUCCAAGUCAAAGCCGGCGUUUACAGUGAAAAGGUUACGAUUCCCUCGGAGAAACAGUUCAUCUUUCUUGAAGGAGAAAGCAGAAGGAGAACUGUGAUUCAGUGGGGAGAUGCCGGAAGCGUCGCCUACAGCUCCACUUUCACACUGCUGGCUGAUAAUUUUGUGGCCAAGAACAUAGCAUUCAAGAACACAUACAACCUAAACUUGCAACGAACGGGGGGGACCAGAAUUACAUGGGCACCAGCGGCCACAAUACAAGGGGACAAAGCUUCUUUCUACCAUUGUUCUUUCUCAAGCUUGCAAGACACCCUAUCUGACUCUGCUGGCCGUCACUAUUUCCACUCAUGCUUGAUUGAGGGUGCCGUGGAUUUCAUCUGGGGCAGUGGCCAAUCCGUCUAUCAGAAUUGCACUUUGAACACCACGGUGGCGCUUCUGGGCGGCGGCCCCGGCUACAUCACUGCUCAGGGGCGAAACAGCGCCAAAGACCGGAGCGGCUUCGUGUUCAAGUCCGGCAGAGUCGUGGGGACCGGUCCGGCGUUCCUGGGAAGAGCUUACGGAGCAUUCUCCAGAGUGGUCUUUUUCCGGACAAGCUUGGCAGACGUAAUUGCCCCAGAAGGAUGGUCAGCCUGGUUCCAUUCCGGCCAGGAGUAAGUUUCAGGUCUCUUAAUUUCCUCUUUUCCUUUCUAAUUUUCUCGAUUGAUCGCUAGCUGAGCUUUGAUCUUGCAAUUCAAUUUUCUGGCUGACCAUGGCCAUAUAUAGGAGCAGAUUAACAUACGCAGAGGUGAGCUGCAACGGGCCAGGAGCAGCCAUGUCCAAGCGGGUGAAGUGGGAGAAGAAGACUAGCACGGCUACAGAUUUGGCUUCACUCAUAGACACAAACACUUUCAUAAACCACGACCACUGGAUGGAGAGGCAGCCACGUUGUUAAACACUACGUACUCUCUUUAACUAAAGAAAAAAUCUGUUAUUCUAGAUCCUCCAUAAUCAUGUUUUUCUUGAAUUCUUAUGAAAGACUUCUAGUCGAACUUUGAGUAUUAAUUUGAGUUUAACUUCGUCACU